UACAGGUGAGGGAAGAAGGUAAUCUCAAAGAGGAAGCCGUGACAGGUGAAUGAUCUUCUGGCCAUAACAGAAAACAAGACCGUACAAAGAACAGUAUCUGAAGGAAGAUGCCAGAGAGGGGAAGACGCGAUCAGAGUGGUGACGGCAAAAGCGGGGAUAAGCGCUACACGCACAAUCGAGACUACUCUGGGUAUGACGCCGAGGAGAGGGGCACUGCAGGUGACAGGAGGGCCGGAGAAAACAGACAGAGGGAUAUGACAACUGCCUCUCACAGACAUGAAGGAACCUCAAGACGGCCCAGAGAGACUUCAGGGGAUCUCUCUGAGAUGGAGUAUUACGAACCACAACCGAAGCCAGCGCUUUACAAUUUCAGAUACAUAUUAACCAGCAGAGGUAUCUGCCAGCUUGCAGAGGUGUUUGUGAACCUGCUUAUCAUAAUCUGUGCCGGGGUGCCUUACAGCAACAAUGGGGGUUACCGUGACCUGGCCAGCCUCGGUGGAUUAUACGCUUAUUACUACGGUGGUGCCAGUGCCUUCACUGGAGCCGAUGCAAAGAGAGUGCAGGAGCUAGACCGGCUCUUCCAUGAGCUUAAGCGGCCUCCGUACAUCUUCACCAUGGCGGCUGGUGGAAUUUUAAUGAUCUACGCUUUUGCCAUGCUGGGCCUGGGGAUUUUCAGAGUCCCUUUCCGGUGUCCUCCUGUGCUGCUGGUUGAGGCUGUGCUGAGUUUCCUGAUCGGUCUGGGGUACAUCCCAGGAAUUGCCAUCUAUUUUAUCAAGCUGAAGGAAACCUAUGACAACCCCAUCUGUAAGGAGAGGGAGCAGAUGUACAAGAGCAAAGGGCACCAAGGGUUUGAUUGCAAGUAUAAUGGUGCAGACAUUGCAGAGGGACUGUUUGGGGUCUUGGGGGUGGUUGUUUUCAUCUUUGGUGCAGUGUUAGCUAUCAGAGCUUUCAGGUCAGUGCGGGAGCUGAAAAAGCAAAGAACAAACCAGGAUGAUAAUUUUUAAGCUGCCUUUCCUUUUUUUAUUCACAAGUGAACAAAAGUAGGAGUGAGAAAAAUAAAUCACUUUGACAGGA